AUGCUGAUGUGCUCCGCACGACCGUCUAGCUCAGCAGGACCACCCAGUCUGACCUCCCUGCUUGCUAGACUUUACACAUCCUGUAUCAAGGAUGGCCUUGACUUCAGCAAGCCCCCCGCGUCUGUUGAAACACUCCAGCUGACCGCCGAGUCGCAGCGGGCUGCCCACAUGAUCCUGCGUCUCAACGACCAGGUCGUUGCCGCCUUCGUCACCAGCCACCUGCAGCCCGCCAUUGUCCGGCAGGCCGUUGCUGCCAGUAAAGGUCCCAACAUUGCUCAUUGCUUCGCCGUUCAGCAACAUUGA